GACCCACUCGGUUGCGGCUUCCCUCGACCCCCUCGAAAUUUUGUCCCCCGCCUUGCGACCUAUAGACCCCUCUCCACCAUGUUCUGGCGCUUUGGCGGGUAUGCGCAGCUCUCGUCGCUGGACAGCAUCCUCGACAAGCCCGAUGUCACCGUCGAGGAGCUUCUGGACGAGUCAGACCUCAUCCAGGAAUUGAAGCAGCAAAACUCAAAGCUAAUAGAGUACCUCCGCGACGACAAGGUGCUAGAGCGUCUCCUGCGCUAUGUGAUAGCACCACAGUCUUCCCACUCGCCUGACGAGGAUGCCGCUGGCGAAUCGAACAAGGCCAAGGAGGGCUUCUUCGGGCGAGUACGGGCCAGAUCUACCUCUGUCAAGUCGGAACCUGGAGAUAGCGAGGAGAGUAAGGAAGAGAAGCAGCGCAUAAAGUACGCCUAUGUGUCGUGUGAGAUUCUCUCGUCGGAGGUCUGGUCCAUUUCAGAGGCGCUGCUGGAGAACCAGGACAGCCUGCGUCAGUUUUGGGCCUACAUCAAGCAGCCCGCACCUCUGGAUCCUGUCCAGGCCGGUUACUUCUCCAAGGUCAACGAGUCGCUGCUCGACCGAAAGAUGGAGGAGAUGCUUCAGUUCUUCAAGUCGAUUGACAACGUGGUCGCCGAUAUAAUGCAGCACGUAGACUGUCCCAUGAUUAUGGACCUGCUGCUGAAAAUGAUCAGCUUGGAGAAAAACGAAGGCGGACAGGGCAUUGUUGAUUGGCUGCAAUCUCAGAACCUCAUCCCCCAACUCGUAUCGUACCUGGCUCCGGAUCAGCCAUCGUAUCACCAGACCUCCGCUGGCGACUUCCUCAAAGCCAUCAUUACCAUAUCCGCCAACGCUACGACACAGGACACGCAGGUGAUAGGACCAAAUGAACUCACUCGACAGCUCGUCUCGGAGCCCUGCAUCAAGCAGAUGAUCGGAUAUAUGUUACAUGGGGGCAAUCCCCUCACCGUUAGUGUCGGUAUCAUCAUUGAAGUCAUUAGGAAGAAUAAUUCGGAUUAUGAUCUGGAAAACCAAGUGGGGCCAGUGCCAAAAACCACAGACCCCAUCUAUCUAGGAACUCUCCUGCGACAGUUUGCUGAACAUAUUCCCCAGUUUAUGGAGUUGGUCCACACCACUCGGCAGACGGUAUCAAACAAGGACGGCUCAACCUCGUCCAGAAAACGAGAGCUCAAGACUGCGUUUGGUGAGAAGAUUGAGCCUCUUGGAUUUGACCGGUUCAAGACUUGCGAGCUCAUGGCCGAACUCUUGCAUUGCAGUAACAUGGCGCUCCUCAACGAGCGCGGCAGUGAAGCUGAAGUCACACGAAGGGAUGCUGAGCGCGAUCGACUGAAGGCAGAGGGCAAACUGACUGCAAAGGAGAACAAUGCCAACGAUUUCUCUACGAGCGUAGAUAGCCACGGCUUUCAUCACGCUCGUGCGCCUUCAAGCGAGUCGCCGGAAGAAGUUCGACGUUUGGAAAUCCAGAACAACUCGGAAGACGACUUCGAGAAGGUUACUGCAUCCGAGGCCGUUUCCGACGACGCAAAGACCAUCACCGAGGAGAAGGUUGGUGAACCAUUGGAACGCUCGCCCAAGCAGCCGCCAACCGAGAAAACCGAGGGCGAAGGAGAAUUUGUGGAUGAGCCUUUGUCGCCAGCAAAGGAUAAAGCCUCCCCAGAUGCCACUACGCAAGGUAAAAUCGAAGACAGUGCGGAGUCGCCUACUUCUGCCGGCUUGUCUGCAAAGGUCGGGGGCUUGGGACUUGAUACCGACACUGUUAUGAGCGAGCGGGAUCCCCAGGUACCCGACGCUGAGAAGGAGAAGCACGUGCCACCCUCUCUAUUAACGCAGCAGUUAAGCAAAGCCGAAUCCGAUGCUGUCGAGCCGGCACCUCUCUCACCGCAUCCAGAAGACAAGCCUGCACCCUUGUUCGCCAACAAGUCACGCGAUUCCGAUGAAGCCAAAACCCCCAAAGCCGAAGACAACGCGAGGUUCACGUCCGGCAUCACUGAUAGUGAGGGUUCGGAGGUCACACCUAUUGACGAAAGCAGUAGUGCACGAUCCGUGUUGUUUGGAGGUGUUGAGGGCCAGUACGCGCCGCAGUUUGAAGUGGACAUCGACGGCUCCCCUGUUGUGGGCGAUCUUCUCAAGAUGCAGUUCGUGGAGAACAAAGUCGUCCCGACGAUAUUAGACUUCUUCUUUCGUUUUCCCUGGAACAACUUCCUCCACAAUGUUGUGUACGAUGUUGUGCAACAGGUCUUCAACGGCCAGAUGGAGCGCGGUUACAACCGCAGCUUGGCGAUUGACCUAUUCGAGACUGGUCGCAUCACAGAGCGAAUAAUCGAGGGUCAACAAGCCAGCGACAAGGCCCAGGAAGAGACGCACAUGCGUCUUGGUUACAUGGGCCAUCUCACAUUGAUCGCAGAGGAGGUCCUCAAAUUCACCGAGAGACAUACCCGAGAAACUCUUUCGGAUGCUGUGGUGAAGAAGGUCGAGAAUGCUUCUUGGGUAGAUUACGUCGAGCACACUCUGUCCGACACGCGAGACCGCGACAAUGCCAUCCUUGGUGGUGUGCGUCCUGACAUGAGUGUAGGUCCUCGACAAGCAGUGCUCAACGCCGUCAAUGCUGCGUCUGGCUUCAACGCCGACAAUGGCUCCUCGCUCGCGAAUGCCAACAGCGGCAGCAUCGGCCUGGAUAGUAUGGAACUAACCAACCCGGACUCUGGUGGCGGCGGCUACACUUUCAGUGGAGGCAGCCUCUUGAGUGGCUUCACCAACUCGAGCGAUGAGGAGGAUGAGGAGAUGGACGAAGGCGACGGCGAACGUGACCGACAAACUCCAGUGAGUGAAUCGGAACAAACCUCAACUGCACCUGCACCGCUGCAGAUCCCACCCUCCCGCGCGCGCCGCCAAUUCGCAAUGCGGCUCGCGGCGCGCAAAGCCGAACUCGAAUCGACGCGCGACCAGGAAGGCGACGUCGAGGGCGACGAAGAGACGCAGGAGCGCGAAGUCAAAGAGGGUCACGAACGUUUCGCGAGAAUGUUCGAGGGCAUCGACGACGAUAGUAGUAGCGAUAGCGAUGACGAGGGUGCUGGUGCUGGAGUUGGGAAAGCAUCUUCUACCGGUGGUGGUGUAGCUGCGAACGAUGAGGCGGAGAUUGUGGGGAAGGUUGAUCUCGACAGUGGCGGGGAUGCGAAGAACGAAGGGGCGUGUAAGGAAAAAGGCAAGCAGGAUGAGGAAGGGGUGAUUGUUGUUUAG